AUGGCUAACUUCGGUUCGCUCGCAAAGAAUUCGGUCCGAUUUUUGCUCAAUUAUUUAGCGAGAAGUUGUUUAUCAGGUGUUGUUAUUUAUUGUUGUUGGAUCAGCGUAAUGGCGUAUUCGUGGUUCACCUGGCACGUGAUUUUGUGCACACUUGGGAUGAUUCCACUGAUGAGCGAAGCUUUGCUUCUUUUCGCCUCCGACGAGCUCUGGUCCAAACAACUAACCCGAACUCGGAAAUACUUCAUUCAUGGCUUUUUGAUGACCUUAGGAACGGUUUUAGUGACUGCUGGUUGCAUCGACACUUUUUAUUUUAUCACAGAGGGUUAUCACUUGUACACAGCGCACGGGAUCACAGGUUUGGUUGCAAUGGUCUUGAUGAUUGUUUCGCUCGUUUUGGGGGCCAUGGCAAAUUAUUCGAAUGAUUUAAGGAAAUACGCAAGACCGGUCACUUUCAAGUUCAAUCAUAAUUUUGUCGGUCUGAUGGGAUACAUCAUCGGGAUAGUUAGUUUGUGUUUUUCGUUUUACACCAAUUGGUUUUGCUUUUUUACCUCGUACGAGUCUAGAAUUGUAGCGCUGGUUGCCACCGGUUUGGGGACUCUGUGGACGAUGAAUCCGGCCCUGGUUUCCGGGUUUAACCAAAUCAAAACUUUGUUACAAAACUGAAUAAAUUUUUUGUUGGCUUUA